UAUGGAUAUAAGGGGCAGCUGACUCCUGAGGUAAGGCUGCAGUCAGCAAACACUCCUGGCCUCAGGAUGGCGAGGGAACUCUUCAGAACCCCAAUCUGGAGGCUGGAUAAGUUCAUAGAGGAUCAACUCCUUCCUGACACCACCUUCCUUACUGAGCUCAGAGCAGACAUCGACUCCAUAAGUGCUUUCCUGAUGGAGAGAUGCUUCCAAGGUGCCGCCCAUCCUGUGAGGGUCUCCAGGGUUGUGAUGGGUGGCUGCUACAAUGAAUACACUGUGCUCAAGGGCAGGUCUGAGGCCAACAUGGUGGUGUUCCUUAUCAAUCUCACAAGCUUUGAGGAUCAGUUCAACGGACAGGUAGUGUUCAUUGAGGAAAUUUGGAGACACCUACUCCAGUUGCAGCAAGAGAAACUAUGUAAACUCAAGUUUGAGGUCCAGAGCCCAAAGGAGCCCAACUCCAGGUUUCUGAGCUUCAAGCUGAGCUGCCCCGAGCGCCAGCAUGAGUUGGAAUUUGAUGUGCAGCCAGCCUAUGAUGCCCUGUAUGAAGUAAGACACUUCAAGCCCUUUGACUCCAGUAACUACAACAAAGUCUACGCCCAACUCACCCAUGAGUGCACCACACUGGAGAAGGAGGGCGAGUUCUCCAUCUGCUUCACCGACCUCCAUCAGAGCUUCCUGAGGUAUCGUGCGCCCAAGCUCUGGAACCUCAUCCGUUUGGUCAAGCACUGGUAUCAACUGUGUAAGGAGAAGCUGAGGGGGCCGCUGCCUCCACAGUACGCCCUGGAGCUGCUCACAGUCUACGUCUGGGAAUACGGGAUCCACGAAAACCCUGGACUCCAUACAGCCCAGUGCUUCCGCACUGUCUUAGAACUUGUCACCAAGUACAAACGGCUUCGAAUCUACUGGACAUGGUGUUAUGACUUUCAACACGAGAUCUCUGACUACCUGCAGGGACAGAUCAAAAAAGCCAGGCCUCUGAUCCUGGAUCCAGCAGACCCAACAAGGAAUGUGGCUGGUUCAGACUUACAGGCAUGGGACCUGCUGGCAAAGGAGGCUCAGAUCUGGAUAGAUUCGACUUUCUUUACGAACCAUGAUAUGUCCAUUGUGGAAGCCUGGGAAGUGAUGCCAGAGAGACAAGAAUGUGUCUUCCUGUGAGCACCCCCAGCAUCUGCCUAGGAGACUCCAGAGUCAGGGGCAUGUCCUCCUCUUCUGUAAGACCUUGACCUAGAGAGGACAGACAGGAUGGCACUCAAGGCUCCAGCGAGGGGCAUCCAACCUGUGAUCAGACUCCAGGCUUCUGAUCCCUGCCUGCCCAUGGACAGCCUUCCUCACAGGCUGCUUCGUCUGCCUUAGCUUCCAACAGUGUUCUCUGGGAGUCAGACUGUGAUGGACAGAGAAGAACGCAAGCUCGACUUCCAUCUGUUCACCUGUUGGGAGGUUAUGUCCAAUAGUGGCUGAUCAUCAUCAACAAACCACAGCAAGCCAUGAGGGGGGGUGCACUCUGAGGGAGGAGUCCUCAGACCACACAGAAACUUUUCAGCAGUGCAUGUGGCCCUGGAGCCCUGGGAAUCUGGCCAGUGUUCAUCAAGGUGCACUGUUUCUGCAACAUGCAGGCUGGGUUUAUGGUAGUGCAGGAAAAUAAAAUUGCAUGCAUUUUAAAAUUUAUGAUUUUAAAACUUAGGGGUGUGUGUGUAUGAGAUUUGAAGCACUAAAUUAAAGCAAAACGCAUUGAAUUAAA